AUGCCAGAGAAAGUCGUUUCACAAACCGAGGAAGAUGUCGGGCGGAAGAAAUUAGGCUGGUUUCAUUUAUCUGAUAUGAUAUCGACAAAUGAAGAUACAGAUAUGCCCCGAAUGCUCGAGAGGCAUGCCUUCCAUCUCUUCGUUCGCCAGGGCGGAAAGCCUGAAGACUGGGGCGAACAUGCACAUAAUACUGUACGCGAAGAGAUAUUGCAAAGGUGGAAGACCAGCGAGUGGGGCGGAUUUCGAAAACGCAAAGUCAAAGAUGGGAGCACCAGUCGGCGGUGGGUUGGAGGUAGCUUCCAGGUCGGGAGCUUCUUAGGGUUGGAUGUUCUGGAAGAAGGUCUGGAAUCGGUGGAGUCGUCGAAUUCUGACAUGGUCUCGGUGCAAGGAUCUCAGGACACUUCUGAAAGGGCUACGGGAACUCAUGCUGUAACGGCGUCUUCCGCGACUGGUCAGUCAUUCAUGACAGCUAGAUCACAACUUACACCCGAUGCUCAGGACGAAGAGUCGCAUUCAGUCUCUCACUCAAGUCACGAUCAUAGUGACCUUUUACGCACAGAUAGCGUGUCUUCAAGCACAGCUUUGUUGGUAGCAUCAGUGACCCCCUCAGAAGAACCGUCAAACCUAUCCCAGACGGACCGGCGCCCGUUCGAUAACGAGCGUAAUUCUGUGAGAGGAGCUGCAAAUAAUACGACGGACAAGAACCCUCGUCAAAUUCGGUCUUCCUUCUUUAAAAGUAAGGACAGAGACAAAGGAAAGCAGAAACAAGUGCAUUAUUCCGAUUAUCAGCCCGCACAGCCCAGCGGCAGUCCCGCACCUCCUUCAGAGGUCCUUUCCAGAAGUGGGGAUGAGAUUGAAGGUACCAGCGCGGGUGCCACUUCUGGAUCUGCCCCACAGAAGGAAAGUCGCUCAGAUAAUUUUUCAUUGCGAGAUAGGAUGCUCGUUAGAGUUAUUCACACAAAAUCACCCAUAGUUCCUGUUGAUUUUGACGAAGAGCAAAACCGCCUGACAGGAAAACUAGAACUUGAAAAAUGGUCAGAAUUCAUGGUGAUCUGGCAACAUGGGCGUGUCGAACUUUACGAGGAUUUUAACAUUCCAGGAAAAGAGUGGGUUAUUGGGCACAAACAUCUAGCAUACAUAAUCCCUCUUAAAUCGACGAAGACCCGAGUAUCACUCUACUCUUUCGUUGACCUCACUUUCUGCUUAACUUGCCCGCCCACCUCUAUAAGGGAUAAUGGCUCAAAGGCACGCAAGCUACUCCAGCACCCAAAGGAAGGAACAAAUAUUUUUAUAUUCAAGCUCAAAAGUCGGACACGAGCGCUAGAUUGGACUUGGCAUUUGUGGCGUCGGCUUGGCGGGAAAUUACCUGCUCACUUCGAAAUACAUUGCCCAAAUGUUGACGCAAGUAUCGAAAUUGAUAUACCCGUGGCAGAUGUUGUCAACGACGACAAGACGUAUAUAUUAUUCCAUCGUCAAAACAUCAUCGAUUUGUGCCAAGAAUCUCUAUCGUCAUUUCCAGAGUGGAAACACCUGAUUGGAAGUAAAGCUAUGGAAGAAACUUCGCUAGAGCUCGCUUGGCGUAUGGGCACAGAGAUCGACUGGGUCUGGCAUGAGGAAGGCAUAGACGGGAAACCUAGAGAGUGGGCUGUUGUAUGCGGGCUCGCUCUGAAACAGUCAGGGAAGGUGGCUAAUCUCGAACUACGGCCAGGCGAGCAUUUUCCUGGCUUUGUCCUUCUCAAAAAUGGCAGGAAGCUGCACGAACCUGCUGCAGUGGAAGGAUAUUUAGAUCGCAUCAAGCCUAAUAGCCAAACGAAACAACAAAUUUACCUUGUAUCUCAUGACGGAAAUCUAUUUGUAAAUACGCCUGCGUAUGCUCACCCACCGUCGCCCCCAACUGUACAGCCUUCCCGUGAAAAUCUACUGGAGACCGCAGCAGCUUUACGUUCAAGUGAAGUAAACAGAGGAUCACUGCAAAUAAAGGAUGCCCAUGGCGUUACUGACUUGAGGAACAUCCGUGCAGUUCGUCGAGCCACUGAAGUGAUCCCGCAGUACCGCGAACGACCACAAUACGGGGAAGAUAUACCUAUGGACGAUGACCAAGAAUUGGAGAGAACAGGAAGCGAUAUCGAGGAUGAAGGUGGAGACGAAGGGCUAUCCAGUUACGAAGAUAAGGCUAGGCGAAGGAUGAGGAGAUCGUUUGAAAUUGUCCUACUCUCAGGACUUGUGAUCCGAUUCGAGGCUUUUUCUUGUCAAACUUGUCUGGAAUGGAUCGAACGCUUGCGCUUAUUGGUUAUCUACUGGAGAAUUCGCCAUCGUACUGACGCUCAGGAUGAAAUGGAGAUAUCUUAUUCGGGGAACGAGAGAUUAAGGGUCACUCCACAUCAACACGUUCAUGCAAAUGGUCAAGACAGAUUACCAGAGCCUCCCGCAGAUCCUGACUCAAUUUUGCCAACGCUUGGUGCUGUAUAUAAUUGGUGCGUACUAACCGACUGCAGGUCCAUCCUCAAAGGGGGGAGGAUUUUUACUCGAAAAGGCUUACGUGGGCAGUACAAGUAUGCCUCCUUUCCUACCGUUACAGCAGCACGACUGAGAUUCCACAGGUUGGUCCAGCUACUCCUUAUUUCCGGACAUCUUGUGCAGUAUCAUGUUACUCCCAAGUCAUCUCUUCACCAUCGUCGAACCAAAGAUAUCAAUCUAUUGGACGCAUACGUCUGUUCAGGAUACCUGGCCGCAAUGUCAUUGAGAAGGAGCGAAUAUAAUCCAGGUACCACCACAUUUGCACGACGUUAUCAAGAUGGGUUAGAAGCUGUUGAUCUCAACGAGGAUGUGAUUUUCGUCAUAUGGUACCGGAAAAAAAUACUCCCAUCUUUGAGUCCUGAAGGCCUCUCCGGACAAACGAAUAUCCCAUCACUAUCUGCAAAAAAGAAAAUAGCCGUGUUCAGAGCAAGAAGCAAAGUUGAGAGGGAUGCAUGGUGUUGGGCAUUGAACUGCGAGAUAGAAAAACUUGUGAGGGUACAUAAAGACAGAGAAGAGCAAUUGAGGGAAACUGGUGGACCAAUGAAAGAUUAG